AUGUUGGGGAACUACUCUAGCGCAACUGAAUUUUAUCUCCUUGGCUUCCCCGGCCCCCAGGAACUACGCCAUAUCCUUUUUGUUACAUUUUUGUUCCUCUACUCAGUGACAUUAGUGGGAAACUCGGUCAUCAUCGUGAUUGUGUGUGUUGAUAAGCGUCUGCAGUCCCCCAUGUACUUCUUCCUUGGCCACCUGUCUCUCCUAGAGAUUCUGAUCACCACAAUAGUUGUCCCUGUGAUGCUCUGGGGGUUGCUGCUUCCUGGGAUGCAGACCAUAUCGCUGACUGCCUGUGUUGCUCAGCUCUUCUUGUACCUCUCUUUGGGGACCACAGAGUUUUCGUUACUGGGGGCGAUGGCUGUGGACCGUUACGUGGCUGUCUGUAAGCCUUUGAGGUAUAGCGUCAUCAUGAACAGUUGUACCUGCACUUGGGUGGUGAUUGUGUCAUGGGUGUUUGGGUUCCUGUUUGAGAUCUGGCCCGUCUAUGCCACGUUUCAGUUUACCUACUGCAAAUCCAACGUGGUGAACAAUUUUUUCUGUGACCGAGGGCAGUUGUUGAAAUUGUCCUGUGAUGACACGCUGUUCACAGAGUUCAUCUUCUUCUUAAUGGCUGUUUUUGUUCUUUUUGGUUCUUUGAUCCCUACGAUCGUCUCCUACACUUACAUCAUCUCCACCAUCCUCAAGAUCCCCUCAGCCUCUGGCCGGAAGAAAGCGUUCUCAACUUGUGCGUCCCACUUCACCUGUGUCGUCAUUGGCUAUGGCAGCUGCUUGUUCCUCUAUGUGAAACCCAAGCAAACACAGGCAUCUGACUACAACAGAGUGGUUUCCUUGAUGGUUACCGUGGUGACCCCUUUUCUCAACCCUUUCAUCUUCACCCUGCGGAAUGACAAAGUCACAGAAGCUCUGAGGGAUGGGGUGAAACACUGCUGUCACUUAUUCAGGAACUAG